AUGGCAAAAUCUUACAUAAUCGAUCAUCUUCAACAAUCCGAUAUUAAUAAUGAACAACUUGAAUUUAUUGUGGAACUGUGUGAAGAUCAUGAUGAUUUGGUACGGGCAAGAUUCCAGUCACGUCAUUCAAAUCAUAAAAAACAUAUAGCUACAGUGCAAUUUAACGAGAAAAAGAAACAACCAAUAAUUGCAUGGUACUGUACAUGCUCCGCAGGUGGUCGCGAAGUAGGUAUGUGCUCUCAUAUUACAGCAUUACUGUGGCACCUAGGAGUUGAAAGAGCAAUGGUACCUGCAUCUAUUCAUCCACUUUCAGGUACAAAAUUACUUACCGCUAUCGAUGAUAGCAUGAAGUUUUCCGAUGAUGAAUAUAACUCCGACAAUGAUGGAAAUGAUUAUCGUGGAUCCAUCGAAAUAGGUAAUGACACCAAUGAUAUAGAAUUGGAUUGGUGA